AUGGAUGUGGACGCCGCAAACGAUGCAGCAAUUGCACGACUACUGGCAAACGAGGAUGGUGGUGACGACGAGGAGGAGUACUCACUGGACGCAGAUGAGCUGGAGUAUGCUGCAGGUGCCCCAGAGUGCCUGUCUGAGCCAGGCCUGAAGGCGCAUGGACGGCUGUCUCCUGACCCUGUCCCGGCCGAGGCCGGUCAUGUUGCCCCAGACCAGCACCAGCUGACGGCCUCAGGCCGACGAAAACGCAAGGACACAGGCAAGCAGCGAACGACCUCACGCUCAUGGUCCAGCGGGGAGGAGAGCCUAUUCCUGGAGGCCCUGGACCUCCACGGGCGCGACUGGAAGAAGUGCGCCGAGCACCUCGUCACCAGGGAUCCCAGGGCAGUGACCAGCCAUGCACAGAAGCACUUCAUCAAGCUGCUGCUUCGGGGCGAGGCCUUGCCUGAAGCAGUCGCAGCUUCGGGGGCCGGCUACACCUUGUCAGGGGUGGCAGCCGACGGGAAGCUGACAGUGGGCAUCCAUGUCACCAGUCUCGAGAUGGAGGCAGAGCCGGCAGGUGUCGUCAAACGCUUGCCCAAGGCAUCGGCUGCGCUGUGUGCCGCCAAGCGUGGCCGCAAGAAGAGGGGCUCGAGUGACUCGGAGGAUGAGGGCAGGCCCUUGGCGCCUGCUUUCCCCGCUGCGGCUGAGGGCUCCUCCCCCGCGGAACCCACCGAAUACUCCAAGGCACGGCCACGGCGGCAGGGAGGCCAGCGUGCCGUCAUGGGGGACACGAGCGAAUCCCUUGACCUCACCUGCCCCAAGGAGUUUGUGGGCCCUCCCGGGUCGGCCGCCCCCCUCGCACAGCCCUUUGCAGUGGUCACCUCGAGCCAGGCGCGGCUGGUGAUGGACUUUCACGCCCACCUGAGCGGGUACGAGGUAAUUGGCCUCCUGGGCGGCCGGUACGAGGCUGGGCGCAGGGUGUUGCACGUGGACGAGGCAUACCCCUGCCGCAGGGCGCAAGGCUCCGACUCCGGCACCUCGGUGGAGCUGGACCCCGCGUCGCAGGUCGAGGCGACCACCGCCAUGUCAGCGAGAGGGCAGGCCGCCGUGGGCUGGUACCACUCCCACCCGGUGUUUGAGGCACGGCCCUCUCAGAAGGACAACGAGAACCAGCGCAACUAUCAAGCCCUCUGCCACGACCCUGAGGCCGGGCUGGCGCCCUGGGUAGGCGCCAUCGUCUCCCCCUACGACGCCAGCCUCCCCUCCACGGCAUCCCAGAUCCGCAUGUGGGUGGUGCGGACCAGCGCCGGCCGACUCACCCCCUUCUCCAUCAGGAGCCAAGGGGCGGAGGCAGGGCCGGCCAGCGCCCACGACGAUACUCUCAGCAGUCUGCGAGCGGCGCUGGUGGCGCAGAGGGACGACCCCAGCCGGGUGCGGCUGGGCGCGGUGUGGAGGGGCUACACCCGCCUCGUCCAGGGCCACCCCGACGGCCCUCCGCUCACCAAGCUGGAGAAGCUGCAGGGGGCCCUGGCGGCCCACCUGGCAUCGCAAGGCCAGCGAGAUGCUCUUUUCUCCUGGCUGCUGGAUGCCGUGCACGAGGAGUGGGGCGUGGACCUCCAGCCCCUCGCCGCAGCCAAGGCGGAGGCUGUGCCGGCGGAGACCGGCGAGGUGUGCCACUGUGAGCCGGGGCUCAACCUGUCCGGGGAGUCAUGCGCCGCCUCUGCGGGCGCAGCGGAAGCCCUCCCCCCCGGCGGCAGGCCAUCCCUGGGCCUCACGUAG